ACGGAGACGCAAAUAAAAAAAAACUCGUCUCCAACUCGCCUCUCGCAUUUCCCGCUUUGCCUCCUCCACCCUCGCUCCCCCUCGCCUGCGUCGUCGCCGCCUCUCUCCUAGGUUUAGGGUUUCCGCCGGCGGCGACCCCAGUCAAGGCUUGUAUAUCAUCACGGCGUCACCGCCAAGUUUAGGUACUAGAGUAGAAAGAGGGACGUUUUCUUCCAAGCUGUGAAUUUUAUAGAGAUGGAAAUGACCCCUGAACAAAUGUACGGACAAAGCCUUUAUGUCCCUGCUAAUGGAAAUCCCUAUACAUAUGGUUAUGCAGAUGUUGGAUCACCUAUGGAUUGGUAUAACCAUCACAACUCUUUAGGAUUAGGAUAUGAUGCUCAAGGUGUUUAUUAUCCGGCUUUCAAUACCGAUGGCACACAGUGUGUUUACUAUGCAACCUCUGACAAUGGAUCCAUCCAUCCUUCCUACAGCCCUUACCAUAUAGAUCCUUCUUUCAUGGUUGAUGGCUCGUUUCCGCCACAAGAAUAUGUUGCUGAUUCUGACCCUACGUGCCAAAUAAUUCCCUCACCCUAUUACAUUCCAGCCGUUCUUCCUUAUGCGCAAGAUGGUGUCCUGGGAAACACAGCAACACCACUCCACCCAUCUAGUGUUGCGUUUAUUCCAAGCAUGCCAGUUUAUGCUGCAACUUCCACAAAUCAUUUGUUGCCUUCAGUUGCACCUGUUGCCCCCAAAAGCGAUCUUGUCGUGAAUCCACCUGUACAGUCUACCAUUGUCUCGUCAAAGCAGUUUCAGAACCAUGCAGUGCUACCAAUGGUUCAAUUGCAGAAUCCACUUCCAGUGAAGCAAGAGCUGGCAAAUGGGUUGAUGGUGUCUGCUAAACCUCCUCAUACUUCACAGGCAUCUACUGAUAUGAUCGAUAGACCAAUGCCUACUGUAAAGCAUUUACCAGCGGCAAAAUUAUCUGGAAAUAACCGUUUUGCAUGUGUUGGAUCUGAUCCUCAGAAGUGGGCUGCUGCUGAGAAAUUCCAGCCGACUUCAAAGCCGAGUGGCCAUCUUAAUGCACAUGCCAUAGUUGCGAAAUCCUACACAUCAAAGCUCGCUGUUGCCAAUUCAGAUGGGACAAUCCUUAUAAGACCUGAACAAUAUAAUGGCAGCGAUGUACGAGUGGACUAUCCAUAUGCAAAAUUCUUCGUUAUCAAGUCAAUUGGUGAGGCUGAUGUCCACAAAUCAAUCAAGUAUGGUGUAUGGUCAAGUUCCUCCAGUGGAAACGGCAAGCUGGACUGUGCAUUCAGGGAUGCUGACAAAAUAGCUAGGAGGAAUAAUACAAAGUGUCCAGUUUAUCUGUUCUUCUCUGUGAAUGGUAGUGGGCACUUCUGUGGCAUGGCUGAGAUGGUUGGUCCGGUCGAUUUUCAUAAGGACAUGGACUUCUGGUGCCAGGAUAAAUGGACUGGUUGCUUUCCUGUAAGAUGGCACAUCAUCAAAGACGUACCUAACUAUACCUUGCAGCAUAUCUUGCUUCAGAACAAUGAGAAUAAGCCUGUUACACACAGCAGAGAUACACAAGAAAUACCAUACAUUCCUGGAAUAUCUAUGGUCAAGAUCUUGAAGGACAUCAAAGUGAAGGAGUGUCUGUUUGAUGAUUUUAUGAGAUACGAGGAAGAUGAAGCAAGAAUUAAGCAGCACCGAUGGUCUAAGUUGAGCCACAAUGCUCCAGAUUUUGUGCCAGUCUCACAGCGUAGGAGGGAUGCGUUUGAGGCUCCGCAGCCAAAAUUGGGAAGCGUUCUGAUAGACAGAACGUCAGAGAUACAGAAUGUGUCGGAUAAACCACAGGAGUGUAAUGGGACCAAACAUCAGGAUCCAUGUGCAGAUGCUGCUGAAAAACAAGUUGGUGGCGAGGCUGGGAAAGAGAAUGGACAUCAAGAAAGCCGCUGUACCGGUAAACAGGGUAACGAAAAAGCCCCGAAGUCUUUAGCUAGCCAGCCACAGACUUCAACAUUGAAGACAAGUUUGGAUGGGAAGCAACAAUACUGGAAGAAGGUGGAAUCCCCUAGAGUGAAUCCUGAUGGUGCUGCUGUACAGGGAUCAUCAAAAGUAGCUGAAAAACAUGUAAACGGAGUCAACCCUAGCUCAGCAGUUGUUGCUUUGGAGGCACCUGAUGAAGAAACAAUUUCUACGAAAGUCGGUUCUCUUACAAUCAGUGGCAAGGCAAGGAAGGCUGACGAUGAGAGUCACUUGGUUGAUGUUGUGACCAUUGGCUCGUUGCCAAUCCGUGUCAGCAAAUCUGUUGAGUAGUAGGCAGUUUUCCUUUUGGGUUGGUAGUCUCUUUCUGGUCCGGCUUUAAGCAUUAUGUUUCAGGUUUAAGGGGGUGAUGAAUAGAAGAAAAACAGUACCUAGAUUCUAGUUUCCUGGUCAAGAAAAAAGAUCGACAAUUUUCCCGACAGUUUGUUCUUUGUUUUUUGGAAAGGAUGCAAGGACAGUGAAAGAUGUACUCUCUUGAAAAUCAAGAAAAAAAAGUGAAGAUGAAAGUAA